AUGACGAAUUCCAACUAUGAACAACUGAACAUACCUGAGUUGUUUUUUUCUCCCUGCGGCUGCGAAUUACGCCGACUACGGUACCGAAGCAACGAGAUUAUGAUUGACAGGGAAAAGAAGGAGCUUGGGACGACCGGGAUAAGCUUCAGAGAGCUCGAUUUGGAAGAUGGAGGAGAGCCCGAGGAGAGAGGAGAGGAGAGAGAGUCGUCGCCACAAGCCCUACACCCUUCAUCUUUUCACUCUUUCUCUCGUCUUCUUUCUUCUUCUCAGAGGUUGAGAUCCCAACGCGAUUUUGGUCUCGUAGCUACGUCUCUAAAUCCACUCCGCCGGGAAUUAUCUCGAUCUCUCUCCAAUCGACGACCCCUAGAUGUAAAGGCAGUGGCAACUCCAGAAUCAGUCUUGGAAGUACCUUUGACAGAAGAAAAUGUUGAAAGCGUUUUGGACGAAAUACGGCCAUACCUAAUGUCUGAUGGUGGUAAUGUGGCGUUACACGAGAUCGAUGGAAACAUUGUGAGAGUAAAGUUGCAGGGAGCGUGCGGAUCGUGUCCGAGUUCUACUAUGACAAUGAAGAUGGGAAUCGAGCGUCGUUUAAUGGAAAAGAUGCCUGAGAUAGUGGCUGUGGAAGCAGUUCCGGAUGAAGAGACUGGCCUUGAACUCAAUGACGAAAACAUUGAAAAGGUGCUGGAAGAAAUCAGGCCUUACUUAAUCGGAACAGCUGAUGGGUCGCUGGAGCUUGUGGAGAUCGAAGACCCGAUCGUGAAGAUAAGAAUCACAGGUCCUGCUGCUGGAGUCAUGACUGUUCGAGUAGCUGUAACUCAGAAACUCAGAGAGAAAAUUCCAUCCAUUGCAGCUGUUCAACUUAUAUAG